UGGGAAGACACUUUAUCACAUCCAAAACCAAAAGCAACACAAAAGAAAAGCAUUUAUUUACUGUCUAGCUACUCUGUAAUUUCAUAUACAAUUGUUCCCAAGAACAUGACAAUGCUUAAGAACAAACGAAUAACCUUCUCACUGAUCUUCGUGUGUCUCGUGAUGGUGUCUCCAGUGGCUAAGGCUCAGCUUGGUGGUCUGGGUGGCCUUCUUGGUGGUGGUGGUGGUGGUGGUGGCCUAGGGGGACUUCUUGGUGGUGGUGGCCUAGGGGGCCUUCUUGGUAAUGGUGGCCUUGGGGGGCUUCUUGGUGGUGGUGGUGGUGGUGGUGUCCUUGGAGGCAUUUUAGGUCUCAUCAAUAUUCAAGGGGUACUUCGUUGCUCUGCCAAUGGCAAUGUCUCCGCUCCUGCUUUCGUUAAUGCCGGCGUUCAGCUCCAAUGCGGAGGACAAAACAACGUCGUCUCAACGUCGACUACAAACGCCGCCGGAUUAUUCUCGAUGCUUGUAAACCCAAUCCAGCUUGUGCUUUCUACACUCCUAUCCGAUUGUCAGGUCGCCGUCACAACCCCUCUCUCCACCUGCAACGCCGCACUUCCUACGGGCCAACUCCUCUCAUCAUCAUUGGCCCUGGUCGGAGAAACCGUCUCUGGUCUCCUCCGCGUCGCCAACCUCCGCCCCACUGGCUUUACCCUUGCUUAGUGAGUCCAGAUUAUACUUAUAAGUUCGGUGAAUGUACGUGUUGUUCCAUUUUGUGUCGUGACCAGUUUAUGUUUGCUUGUGUAUGGGUUAACCAUAUGCAUGAAUAAGGUCUAGGGUUUGUGUCUUAAGCUUCAAAGUCGUGUACCUGUUGUCGUUUCUGUCUCGAAUGUUUGAUAUGUAUAAUGCUGUUAUAAAAUGUAAGAAAUUACUUUCCGUCUUUAAUAAUGUGUCUCUGUAUACAAAAUA